UGUCUUUUUGACGUGUAGUGAAGGUGCGUCGUGGGCAGGCUGGAGUUUCUCCAGUUAAAUCUAAUUUGUAAAAUAUUUUCAUGAUUUGGACACUUGUAAACGUUGUUGACAACAAAAUUACUUUUAGCACUUUUCAUAGAAGGUGAAUUGAGAGAACUACGUAAACAUGAGUCGUUUCUUCGCGACUGGCACUGACUCCGAGUCGGAAAGUCAGAGUGAGGACGAGCCAGUAGUACGCGCCCCAGCGCCGGUCUACACGUUCAGUGAUGAUGAGGAAGAAACAAAGCGCGUUGUGCGCUCCAUGAAGGAGAAGCGAUAUGAGGAGUUGGAAGCUAUUAUCCAUUCCCUCAGGAACCAUCGCAAGAUCAAAGAUUUCUCUUCCGCCCUAAAUUCGUUUGAAGAGCUUCAGCGAGCCUACACCCGUGCAGCACCAGUAGUACAAAAAGAAGAAAAUGGAGUUGCUCCCAGAUUCUUCAUUAGGGCUCUGGCAGAGCUGGAUGACUGGGUGGUUGGAGCAUGGUUCGACCGUGACAGCAGGAAAGCUUUGUCAAAAGGCAACAGCAAAGCCCUCACAUCCCUGAGACAGAAGCUGAGGAAGUAUACUAAGGACUUUGAGGCUGAGAUGUCCAAAUUCCGUGAGGAUCCUGACUUACCAGAUGAUGAUGAUGAGCGUAAAGACUCGUCAUCUUCGGAUGAGUCUGAUGAUGAAGAAAAGGUCAAAGAGAAGCCGCGAGUGCGUCGCUCGCCCGAGCCUCCGCGGCGCCCUCCACCUCAGGACGACGAAUCCUCAGACUCCAUGGACUGGGGAUCCAGCUCUUCCGAUUCCAGCUCCAGCUCCGACGACGAGACCCGUGGAGCCACCACCAUUCGUGAACGUUUCUUGAAGAGAAACACGGAGAGAGAUGACGACGAAGACAAGGACAGGCGCAAGGCCAAGAGACGUGAGGACAGACACAACGUCAGGAUAGGAAAGAGCAAAAAGGAUCAAGCUGACGAUGGCGGCGAAUGGGAAACCGUCAGGAAGGGAGCUGCUACAUCUGACAAACCUAAAAUGUUUGCUAAGGACAGUGACAUUGAUGCUGCACUGGUCGUCAAGAAAUUGGGCGAAAUCAGCGCCGCUCGUGGUCGCAAGCGUACUGACCGUCGCGCACAAUUGGAGCUCUUGCACGAGUUGCGUACCGUCGCUGCUCAACACAACCUGGGAGAUGCCCUGCAGCUUAAACUGCGCGCCGCUACAGUCGCCGCUCUCUUCGACUACAAUCCCAAAGUAUCCGAUGCCAUGAAACCCGAAUACUGGUCGAAGCUCGUCGAAAAUGUGGACCACAUGGUCACAUUACUGUUGGCUCAUGAAGACAUGCAAUUGAGUGAAACUAUCACUGAAGAAAACGAGCAGCUCGUCACGCCGCCUUUCCUCGUCCGCGGUUGUUUACUCACUGCUUUGGAGCGACUUGAUGAUGAGUUCACUAAGCUGCUUAAGGAGUGUGACCCUCACUCCAAUGAAUACGUCGAGAGAUUAAAGGAUGAAGUACGCGUGUCUGCUCUAAUUGACCGCGUAUGCCAGGUAGUAGAACGUGACGGCACGCCUCAAGAGAUUUGCCGCGCCUACCUACGUAAGAUCGAUCAUCUGUAUUACAAGUUCGAUCCUCGCGCUGUGCGCAAAGACUUACCUCCUGAUGAGGAGACUACAAUUAAGAAAAUGGAGAAAUUCUGUAAAUAUAUUUACGCUCAUGAUGAAACUGACCGACUGAGAACUCGCGCGAUCCUCUCCCACAUCUACCACCACGCCCUACAUGACAACUGGUUCCAAGCUCGUGACUUGCUGUUGAUGUCUCAUUUGCAAGAAACUGUUCAACACUCUGACCCUAGCACUCAGAUCCUGUACAACCGUACUAUGGCUAACUUGGGUCUCUGCGCUUUCCGCCGCGGUAACGUAAAAGAGGCACACGGCUGUUUAGCAGAGUUGAUGAUGACUGGCAAACCUAAGGAGCUUCUGGCUCAAGGUUUGUUACCGCAACGUCAGCACGAGCGUUCUAAAGAACAAGAGAAGAUUGAGAAACAGCGUCAAAUGCCGUUCCACAUGCACAUCAACUUAGAGCUUCUUGAAUGUGUAUACCUAGUGUCUGCUAUGCUGAUCGAGAUUCCGUACAUGGCUGCUCAUGAGUUCGAUGCUCGUCGUCGCAUGAUCAGUAAAACUUUCUACCAGAACUUGCGUGCUAGUGAGCGGCAAGCCCUUGUUGGACCACCGGAAUCUAUGCGUGAGCACGCUGUAGCGGCCGCGAGGGCCAUGCGUCGUGGAGAUUGGCGAGCUUGCCUUAACUUCAUAGUUAAUGAAAAAAUGAAUGCUAAGGUUUGGGACCUAAUGGUUGGCGCUGACAAUGUGCGCGCUAUGCUCGGCAGGUUAAUCCGUGAGGAGUCAGUCCGCACUUACCUGUUCACUUACGCUCACGUGUACGCGUCGCUGUCGUUACGCUCGCUUGCCGACAUGUUCGAGCUUCCUCGCCAGCGCGUACACUCCCUGGUGUCCAAGAUGAUCAUCAAUGAGGAACUGCUCGCGUCCCUUGACGACCCCAGCGAGUGCGCCAUACUGCAUCGUUCAGAGCCUACCAGGAUGCAAGCAUUAGCACUUCAGCUUGCUGAUAAGGUCGGCAACUUGGUGGACUCCAACGAGCGCAUCUUUGAGAGGCAAGGCUCGUUCUUCCAGCGUGGCGGAGGCGGCGGCGGCGGUGGUCGCGGUGAAGGUCGCCAGCGCGAACGUCCGCGCGAGGGCUGGAACCGUCGCACGCGCAACCGACGCCGGGACGACGAACGCGGGGACGACUAAAUAUCUAAACUGCAUAAAGAAGACCAGUAGCUUGUUUAUAUAUUUGAAUACAUAUUUCAAUCCCUAUACAUGUCUUUGAAUCUGUAUCGUUCUGUUUACAUUGAAAAAUAUUCUUUUCUAAACUGUAACCUAAAUCGAUCGCUAAAAGUUAAACGCCCAAGAUAUGCUACUGGUCUUUCUCUAUCUGUCACAACUCAUAAUAUCCUGACCGAAAAUUUGUUUUAAAUAAAACCUUUCAAUGUAUUUGAAACAAUGUUUAGUCCCUUAAUAUAUUUUAUAGGAGAUAGAUAUUCAAACUAUGUAAGUGGAGAGGAUAAAUUAUCAUUCUUUUUUACCUUGGUAGAACAAAUUUGGUAAUGUAACCGUUUUUUUUUACAUUUGCGUAAUCAAAAAUAUUUCAGCUAUGGGUAUAGUUGAAAUCUAAAACAAGUUAGUAUUGCAUCUCCAGUUGCAUUCGUUUAAAUGUUGUGGUCUCCCUGCAGUUCAGUUGCUAAAUAAAAUAUUAUAUUUGAAAA